GAUAAGGCGGAGAAAAGCAGGAGCAUAGCUACAAAUCCUUCAUAUAAACCACUUGCAGUUGCUGUGGAUGUGACUGACAAGUGUCAAGUUGAAGACAUGAUAGCUCAAACCCUCAUUACCUUCAAUAGAAUUGACUACAACGUCAACUGUGCCGGGGUUGCUAUGCACAAACCAGCUCAUUUCAUGGACUUGACAAUUCAAGAGUGGGAAAGGGUCAGCCAGGUAAAUGUGCAAGGCGUGUUAUACUGCAUGCAAGCUAUCGGGAAAGUGAUGAGGAUCCAGGAACCAUUUAAAGCCUCUGGACUUCAUGGACCACGGGCUGGAAAACGGGGUUCGAUAGUCAAUCUGGGGUCCAUUCACUCAUUCCAGUCAGCUCCUGGGACUGCCCAGUAUACAGCUUCCAAACAUGCGGUGGUUGGCCUGACUAAGUCUUGUGCCCUGGAUUUUGCUAAAGAAGGCAUUCGCGUGAAUGCUGUCUGCCCAUCGUGGGUCAAUACACCAAUGAUAAAUAGCAAUGAGGUGCUUGCGGAAGUUCAUCAAGUUGUCGGGAAUGUUGUACCUCUGGGGCGGAUUGCAGAGGCAGAGGAGGUAGCAGACGUUAUCCUGUUCCUUUGCAGCCCGAGAGCGAGCUAUGUCACCGGUGCUGCUUGGAUGGUGGAUGGUGGAUUCUCCUGCGCCACAGUGGUGUAG